CUCAGAGCAGCUGUUUUCGUGGUGCUGAUCAGACCCGUAGCGCGUCUGCUGAAGCCAGAGCACCGACAACCUCACAGACUCCUCGUAGCCUGUCGGAGACAUGCGUGAGUGCAUCUCAAUUCACGUUGGCCAAGCUGGUGUGCAAAUCGGCAAUGGAUGCUGGGAACUCUACUGCUUGGAGCAUGGGAUCCAGCCUAAUGGCACCAUGCCAAGUGACAAAACAAUUGGUGGUGGAGAUGACUCAUUCAACACCUUCUUCAGUGAAACUGGUGCAGGAAAACAUGUCCCUCGUGCUGUGUUUGUGGAUUUGGAGCCAGCAGUGAUAGAUGAAGUGCGGACUGGGACAUAUAAACAGCUCUUUCACCCAGAACAGCUGAUUUCUGGCAAGGAAGAUGCUGCUAAUAAUUAUGCAAGAGGUCACUACACUGUAGGCAAAGAAAUAAUUGAUCUCGUACUGGAGCGCGUCAGGAAACUGGCUGACCAGUGUACUGGCUUGCAAGGAUUCCUGAUCUUCCACAGCUUUGGAGGUGGCACUGGGUCAGGAUUCACUUCUCUGCUGAUGGAACGCCUCUCAGUCGACUAUGGAAAGAAAUCAAAAUUGGAAUUUGCCAUAUACCCAGCUCCCCAAGUUUCAACUGCUGUUGUCGAGCCAUAUAACUCCAUCCUGACAACCCACACCACCCUCGAACAUUCUGACUGUGCCUUCAUGGUUGAUAACGAAGCAAUCUAUGACAUUUGUCGUAGGAAUCUGGACAUCGAACGCCCAACCUACACUAACCUCAACCGCCUCAUUGGUCAGAUUGUUUCUUCAAUCACCGCCUCUCUCAGAUUUGAUGGUGCCUUAAAUGUGGAUCUGACAGAGUUCCAGACAAACCUGGUGCCUUACCCCAGGAUCCACUUCCCUCUGGUAACCUAUUCCCCCAUUAUCUCAGCAGAGAAGGCCUACCAUGAGCAGCUCUCUGUCUCUGAGAUCACCAAUGCCUGCUUUGAGCCAUCCAACCAGAUGGUGAAAUGUGAUCCCCGCCAUGGCAAGUACAUGGCUUGUUGUAUGCUGUAUCGUGGAGAUGUUGUCCCCAAGGAUGUCAAUGUUGCUAUUGCCGCUAUCAAAACGAAGCGUACCAUUCAAUUUGUUGACUGGUGUCCUACUGGUUUUAAGGUGGGUAUUAAUUACCAGCCUCCGACCGUUGUUCCUGGUGGUGACUUGGCCAAAGUCCAGCGUGCGGUCUGCAUGCUCAGUAACACCACAGCCAUUGCGGAGGCUUGGGCCCGCCUGGACCACAAAUUCGACUUGAUGUAUGCCAAGCGUGCUUUUGUCCAUUGGUAUGUUGGAGAAGGAAUGGAGGAAGGGGAGUUUUCGGAGGCCCGAGAAGAUCUGGCUGCACUUGAGAAGGAUUAUGAAGAAGUGGGCACAGACUCCUUGGAUGGUGACGAUGAAGGCGAGGAGUAUUAGACUUGCACACGUCUGUUGUAUGGCUGUUACCAUUUGCUACUUUGUAAUAAAGUAAAUGGGGAGCAAAUCUCAAAUGUAAACAGAACACCUGGCAUUCCAUGCCAGAGCGCUUGGAAUAAACACUUUUAUAACUGAGGUAUCUUGCCAGUUGAUGAUGAUGAUGCAAGCAUUAAAGCAUCCAGCUGGAUGCAAACAAAUAAAACCAUCUUGCUAUUUACUAA